AUGGACCAGAAGAAUCAGACAGUGGUGACUGAAUUUUAUUUCUCUGAUUUCCUUCAGUUUGAGAAUGGCAGCCUCUUAUUCUUCGUUCCUCUGCUCUUGAUUUACAUGUUCAUUAUUGCUGGAAAUUUCAUGAUCUUCUUUGCUGUCCAGCUGGAUGGCCGUCUUCAUAAUCCCAUGUACAAUUUUAUCAGCAUCUUCUCCUUCCUGGAGAUUUGGUAUACCACAGUAACCAUUCCCAAAAUGCUCUCUAAUCUGGUCAGUGAAAAGAAGACCAUCUCUUUCACUGGUUGCCUCUUGCAGAUGUAUUUUUUCCACUCACUUGGAGUCACAGAAGGCUUAGUUCUUACAGUGAUGGCCAUUGACAGGUAUGUUGCCAUUUGUAACCCCCUCCACUAUGCAAUCAUUAUGACCCCUCGGUUGUGCAUCCAGUUGUCCACGGGCUCUUGCAUCUUCGGCUUCCUUGUGUUACUGCCAGAGAUUGUGUGGAUUUCUACUCUUCCUUUCUGUGGCCCCAACCAAAUACAUCAACUCUUCUGUGACUUUGAACCUGUGCUACGCUUGGCCUGUACAGACACGUCUAUGAUUCUAGUUGAAGAUGUGAUCCAUGCUGUCUCCAUUCUGACUUCUGGCUGUAUCAUUACUCUUUCCUAUUUGAGAAUCAUCACUGUGAUCCUGAGAAUUCCCUCAGGAGAGAGCCGUCAGAAGGCAUUCUCCACUUGUGCAGCCCACAUUACUGUUUUCUUGAUAUUUUUUAUCAGCGUGUCACUCAUGUACCUGCGCUUCUCUGUUACCUUCCAACCACUACCGGACAAGGCCAUUGCACUGAUGUUUGCUGUCCUUGCCCCAUUAUUCAACCCAAUUAUCUAUAGUCUGAGGAACAAAGACAUGAAAGAUGCUAUUAGGAAAAUUUUCUGUUCUCAAAAGAUAUUCAAUAUCCCUGGGAUCUAA